CCGAUCCUACGCUAGGUUGCAUUUGGAUACUGAAUAUAUUUACCCGACUGGUUAGAGCUCGAAAUCUGAUAUGUAAAGUAAUUUCAAUCUUUAACGGAUGUUCAUGUUUUUUUGGGUGAAUAAAAUUAGUUACUUAUACAACGGGCUAUAAUAGACCGAUACCUUUCAAGGGUAGCAUUGAAAGCGUUGUGGUGGAGCCUGGAUAUUAUAGUCAAAGAUGACACAAGAUCCAAUGUUGAAACGAAUACAUCAAUAGCCGUUCGUAAGGGAACAUUGAUUUUAACACAGAGAUCGAUCAAACGUUUACAUUAACGCUUAGAUCAAACGCGUUGACAUUAAAGAAGGAUUGUUUUUGUGUUGUUAAAGUGAAAGCGUAUGCGCACCGAUAUGUUGUCCAAUACAGAAAGUGUUACAAAAUCAGGCGUACAUCAACCUUCGACUUACGUUGGAAUUAAGGACGGAAUUAACGUCACUGUCCGAACGCCUGACUAUGGCGAUGUUGACAACGGUAUUCCGGAUUACAAUGACGAUAGAUAUCAGUUGAUUGUGAGCAGUUAUGUGCACAAUGAAAAUGAGCUUGCCAAGGAUUUUAUUUUGGACUACUCUGUUUACAAGUCUGUCUUAAAUAAGUGUAAUGACACUCUCCACAAGAUAGAUCACCCAAACGAUGGAGGGUUGUAUUGCAAUGCCACCUGGGACAGAAUGCAGUGCUGGGGCUAUGUAAAAGCCGGAGAGACAGCCAUUCAACCGUGUCCAACUUAUAUCCGCCUGUCCAACCCAUUAGCCUACUCCAGAAAGGUCUGCAACAGUGAUGGAGAAUGGUUCCGUCAUCCCGAGACUAACAAAGUCUGGACAAACUACACCAUGUGCUAUGACCAUGCAGUGGUAGAGGAGCACAAGCGGGUUUUGUACAUGUACUUCUAUGGGUUUAGCAUCUCUAUAGCUCUGCUGAUAAUAUCACUCAUCAUUUUCUCAAUGUUCAGACAGCUUAAGUGUGUUCGUGUAACUCUGCAUAAGCACAUGUUCGUGUCGUACAUCCUCACCGGUGGACUGUGGAUUCUCUACUACAGCUUAGUCCCUAUGAACCCGGAAGUGUUGCUGCAUAAUCCGAUAUGGUGCAAAGUGCUCCACGUACUUACGCAUUAUAUGACGGUGAGUAACUACGCGUGGAUGUUCUGUGAAGGCUUCUAUCUGCACGCCUUGAUUGUCAUCGCGUUCACCAAGGACAAAAAGCUACUGUUCAUGUGCUACAUCAUCGGAUGGGUUUUACCGAUAAUACCCACCGUCAUCUAUACCGUCCUGAGAGCAAUAGACAUCAAUGAAAUGGGGGACAAUGAAAAAUGCUGGACCGCAGACACUACAAUACACUGGAUUCUGGCCGGGGUCAUUAAUGCUUCCUUAGUAGUAAACUUCAUUUUUACCAUCAACAUCAUGCGCAUUCUCGUGUCGAAACUACGGUCUGUGCACAACCACGAGACAAUGCAAGCGAGACGGGCUGUAAGGGCGACCUUGAUCCUAAUUCCUUUGCUAGGGUUACAAUACAUCGCGUUCCCGUUCAAGCCACCCCCUGGGGCACCGGGUGAACACGUGUACGCAAUGGUUACCGCCUUCAUCAUCUCUUUCCAGGGCGUCUUUGUCGCACUCGUGUUCUGCUUCUUCAAUGGCGAGGUCAUCAAAUGUUUCAAGAAGCUCUACUACCGCCAUAGACUCCGGUCCUCCUCCAUUCGGAGCAGGGGCUCAGGCUCCAAGUUCGGGGAACGCGACACUAUGCUGCGGACGUAUGACACCCGUGACACCAAAUGCAACACGCAGACGACACACUCUGUCACGCCUUUGAAUAACAAUCAGGCAAACAAAAAUGACGAUUCAGUGAAUCACACUUGAUAUAAGCGUGUCGUUUGAACUUCAGACGGAAUGGCUAACGUGUACAGUCGCUUUUGUCCAGAAAAUAUGAAGCGAUCACGAAUUUCAUAUACCGCUCGAUAAUCAAAAUCUAAAAGAGUUAUGGAACGGAGCAGCAUGGCGCUUUUAGAACGAUGAAUGUGAACGGUUCAGUUUGAGGUUUUUUGUUUCUAUUUCGGUACACUGCUUAUGCUGUUGAAGCGUCAGACGCCGAGAACGUAUGAUAAUGAAACAAAUACAGAUAUUGCAUAGCAUGCAUGUAACUAAUUAUUAACUUGAUUUUAUCAUAUUGAAAUUGAUUUCGCGAAUGAAAGGCGUGCUUUGAUUAUAACUAAAGGUGUUUUACACUGACAAUUUAUCAACCAACACUUCAUUCAUCAUAACCAAAUUGAUGUGAUUGAUAUCAAUACUCAUAUAAAGAUUUCAUCGAUAUAGACAUACACAUACAUGGUCUCUAAUCAUACCCGUCUAUGUGGCAUUAUAUAUGAUAUCUUUUCAUAAAAGCAAUUUUGUUUGGUUUUGUAUUUUAUGCGAGUAGUUGUGUUCUUUAUUUCAAAUAAUAACUCAGAGUGUUUGCAUUAAAAACGUCAAAAGAUGUCUGUGUAUAAAGUUGCUGCGCAAAGGAUUAUUGUUACAGGUGAUUGUAUAUAUAAAUACAUAAACUUUAUGAAACACAACACGCGACAUUAAAUGAGCACUAGUCACGAAUUCGAUGCUAAUACAUUUAAUUAUGUAUAAGAAGUUACAACAAUACAAAUAAGAAAAGAAAGCUGAUUAGUGUCUACAAACAUACAUUAAUUUUUCAAGUGGAGGACCACAUUACAUAUUUGGUUGACUCAGCGUUCUGACAAGAAAUAGAUUAUGUUUCCGAGCAAUAAAAUAAGAUCUUAAAUGCUAACAAAGGAAUAAAGAUUGCAGCAAAAAAUAAUAUUCUAAUGGUUUGCCUCAUUUGCAUGUGCUUGCUUAAUAUUUUUAAACGAUGUGAUGUCAUCUACAAUUGCGUCAUUAUUUGGUAUGGAUUGCAAAGUUAUGUAAUGCUUUAGUGGUUUCGAUUACUUGGCAUAGAUAUUUGUAUAUAUUUCAUUGUGCAAUGCCCAUUUGUGUACCGCGUGUUUCUUUGCCUUUUAAUCCAGAAUAAAGGUAUUUAAACAAGAAGAUGUGCACACUCGUGGAUAUUCUUCAGAAAAAUGUAAUAAUUUAUGUUGUUUUAUAUUUUGCCGAACCCAUUUUCAAUUAAAUUAUUUUAGUUUUGACAGUUAAAUGCAGUAAUCACAUCCUAUAUAAUUUGUACCUAAAGAAGAAAUAUAUUUUGCUUACGACGAUGCCUUGCUUGCAAAUAAGCUUUUUCUUCAUUUUGAUAUUAUAUUUUUUAUUUUCAUUGAUGUUUGCAACUCUGGCGAAGUAUUAUUGUGAUACAUUAAGUGUUUGCAUGUGUACGAUUUUCUUGAUAUAAUUGAUUUACUGCGGACAAUGCUAGACUUUGAAAACCCAACUCAUCUUGGGUAACAAAACAAGCUGACUUAUUUUAAAUAAGUACAUAUUGUGGCUGGCUAAAGAUUGAAUAAACAUGUAUCUUUUUCGUUUCAGAUGUCUAUAAUGUAUUUAGAAUGGACCGGCAUUUUUUAAACCAAACAUAACCUUACAAGUUAAUUGCUUACAAUCAAACAGGGCUUUAAUUAAGUAAAAACGUUCAUUUGAAAGAAUGCCCGUUUAAAUACAAUUAAAAUAUGUUAUUGAAAAUUCGAUAUACUUUACAAAAAUAAACUAAAUUACUAAAUUAAUAGAAGUGCUUUGCGAGAGAAAAAACUUAAAAUGGCAUUGUUAAAUCGGGUCCGUAUAAACAUGUUCAAUCCUUUUGAAAUGUUGAUGUUUUGAUUCAAUCGCCUUAACAUUUAUUUUUUAAGCUAGAGCUGUUUUUUGAUAACCAACAGUCCACCAUCUAUAUUUUGUCGUUACUCCUCAGUUGCAAACAAUGUCUUCUAUAACACCGCCUAGAUGAUUUCAACAUAAUUUGCGAUGGAUAUUUCUGAGGUGGUUCUUUACAGUAUUCGAAUUUCAAAACAGUUGUUUACACUUGUUCAUUCGGGUACCUUACAUCAAAUGGGACAGUUUAUCUUAUAUAUAUUAAUAGUUGAUUACAGUAACAUAUUGUUAGCACUCAUAUCUCAGUGUUUGCAUAUGUUUAAAAUUCAGUAAUAUUAAGUGAGACUCAAUACCAUGAAUUUGUACUUGUUAAAUCACAGAAAAAUCAGUUGUUCAUGUAUGCUGCAUGGCAUAUCUAUAGACAAUUCGUCAUAAUGGUAGUUAUGUUAGGAAAACUAUGUUUAAACAAACGAUAAAUUUUGUAUUUUCGUUUGUUAAUAUUUAUAGUUUGUAUUGUAUUACUUAAUGAAUGUUUGUUUUCAUUACCUGGGUUUAAUAAAA